AUGGGGUCGAGCGUGCUGCUAGCCCUGUUAUGCUUCCUUGCCCUGGGAGCGUUGCACGCCCAGUCAACUCAAGGUGACGAAACUUCUCUAUCACGCCUCCAGACGGAUCUCUGAUCUUCGCGAUAACGAAUCAGUUGUAUGGUCUUUGUAGGAUUCAUCAGCAUAGACUGCGGUCUGGACUUAGACUCGAACUACACAGAUGAGUUCACGCAUAUCUUCUACUCGCUUGACGACGGGUACGUCGACGGCGGCGUGAACAUGGACAUCCCCCGGGAACCCAACUUCAGCUCCCUCUCCCAUAGGUAUGGCAGCAGCCUGCAAGCUUGCGUUUAUUUUAGACGAUUUAAGCGACGUGGGAUUUUUCCGACAGAUAUUUGAACUUGCGAAUUUUCCCCAACGGGACUCGGAACUGCUACACGAUGGGGACUGUGAAGGAGGGAGUCAAGUACCUGGUGAGAGCCGGGUUCUUAUACGGCAACUACGAUGGCAAGAACCAGCCGCCGCAGUUCGAUCUGUACCUGGGCGUGAACCUCUGGCGGACGGUGAAUACGCUGGCGGAUGACGUUGUGACAGCGGAGAUCAUCGCCAUCUCCCCUACAAACGUGUUGCAGGUCUGCCUGCUGAACACCGGCAUGGGAACCCCCUUCAUUUCUGUCCUGGAGGUGAGGCCCCUUCACGAUUCCAUGUACCCGCUCGUCAACGAAUCCCAGUCGCUGGUCCUAAACAGGGGACGGGUCGACUGCGGCGGAAACGAAACCACCAGGUCAGAACACUUAAUCUGUCUCCCUGAAUCUCUCUCUCUCUUGCUGGACUAAAUACGGCGACAGGUAUCCAGUGGAUCCUUACGACCGCAUCUGGUUCGGCAACGUUACCCAGACGGGGUGGAGGACAGUAACGGCGAACGGGGACAUCAACAGACCGGAGGCAGACAUAUGGGUGGUGCCAGGGGAGAUUCUGAGGACGGCGACCGAAGCCAAGAGCUUGGUCUUCCACUUCUCAGGUGGCCCACAGGAGAAGCUCUACCUGUUCUUAUACUUCGCGGAGCUCCAGCAGCUCGGACCCAACGAGACGAGGGAGUUCAACGUACUCUCCGACGGUCAACUAUUGCACGGAGCGUACAGGCCAACAUACCUGACUUUAGAUGUUCUAGAUAACUUACUGCCUGAGCCGCAUAGUGUGAAAAUGACGUAUAACUUCACACUCGAGGCCACGGCAAAUUCUACCUUAGAUCCUAUGAUCAACGCCCACGAGAUCUACAGCUUGAAGCAACUGGAGGAGUCUCCCACCGACGCUCACGACGGUGAGUCGCCGUUUUUACUCCACUCUUCCGGCUAUGUGGGUUGAAGCUAGGAUGACAGCUAAGCAUUAAGCUCACUCUCUGCGUUGUCAUUCUUGAAUUCAUUCCUUAAUCAGGCAAUCAUUUCAAUAAUCUUCUGCUCUAUUCAGAUCGCUUUCUUGAUCCUUCUCUGUAGUGGUCGUCUUUUUCAUUUCUUGAACAGGCAAUGACUUCCCCGUUUAAUGAAUCAGGCCUGGCUUUAAACUCAUGUUUUGUAAUUUUUAGCUGGUCUUGGUCGUUGGUAAUUCUUUUUUAUAAAUAUUUAUCUCUGGCUAAAUUCUCCCCACAUGAAAGUUUUCAAACACAUCAAUAAAGGCCUGUCCUUUUUCAUUCAAUCCCACACGUCCUGGGUUUAAUUUCUGAUCAUUAUGGCCAAUGUGGUCAGCUCUAUUGAAAAAACCACUAUUUAUGUCGACGUGACAGCUCAGGCGAUGCUGAAGAUUAAAGAUUUCUACAAAGUGAAGAAGAAUUGGCAAGGGGACCCGUGCGUCCCCCGAAAUCUGACGUGGGAACGGGUAAGCUGCCGCUACGACUCGAAGAACCCUCGGAUCGUGUCUCUGUGAGUUACUUCUCCUCGGCGCGCAAGCCUGUCGUGUAGAACAACUUCGGUCAUUGAGAGGUGCUGAAAUUCCUUGCAGGAAUUUGUCCCACAGUGCAUUGGCAGGCGAAAUUCAUCCAUUUAUAGUCGAACUCAUGGCUCUACGGACUUUGUGAGUGUUCUUGACCUUGUCCCCUAUUUCGAGGUGCAUUAACUUGACUGGUAUAUUGAAAUUUGACUGGUAUUUUUCCCCCUUUAUAUCCCAGGGACUUAUCACAUAAUAAUUUAACUGGAGAAAUUCCUAGUGGUCUUGGAAAGUUGCCAAAUCUUCAAGUCUUGUAGGUUUCUGAAACCCACCUGGCUUCGUCAGUGUAGAAAUAUGUUGACAGAAAAGUUAAAGAUAUUUUUUUUCUAUUUUGCAGGAACCUGAUAAACAACCAAUUGACCGGAGUCAUACCUCAAAUUCUUUACAAAAAAUCACAAAAUGGCACACUCUCAUUAAGGUUAGGUCUUUAUCUAGAUGCAUCUUGAACUAUGGUCAAGCAAAGGAUUUGAAACUAAUUAUAUCUCCCAAGAAAUUUAACUCAUUGCCACAUGACCGACAGCUUAUAUGACUUUUAACUAUUUCUUCAAAUGUUUAACCUGUUCGUUGGUCUCCAAGGUGGAUGUUUUCCGAAUUAUGGGCAGCUACAAGUCAAAAAAUAAAGAAAAAAGGGAUCGAAAUUCCACGAAACCUAUCAAUUCUGUCAAUGUCACGAAUUAGCGAGAUCAAAUGCGACCAUACCAGACCCAAGAAAAAACCAUAUUUGUUACAUUUUUAUUUACAUGAUUAGAGAGUUACAAGAAAUGAGGAAGAUGUUUAAGGAGAACUUGAAGGUUAAUCUAGUACUAAAUUUAACCUUUUUUAUUUUAAAAUUUACGAGAAAUGGAGAGACAUGAUAACCUCUGUUCGAAAAAUUAUUACACAAGAAAAAAAAUUAUAAACUCAUGAUAAACGGUCAGGUAGGAGAAUUUUUUCCUUUUCGUAUUUUUUUAAUGGUGCAAUGAUUUUUAAUACAGCCAAAUUUGGAUCAAGCAAUAAAAGGACCUUUUUCCAUUUGAGGAAUGUGAUACCUUAGGAGAUAUUCGAAUAUUAAAAAUUAAUUCUUAUGGUUGUACUUUAUGCUCCAUGCGUUUAACAGGAUUUAAGCACUAAAACUUCGUGUUUUUCCCUUAAAAACUGCAGCACUGAGGGCAACACACAACUUUGCAACAAUACGAUUUCAUGUAAAAUAAUAGGUGGAAAAAAGAAGAAUAUCGUUCCCAUUGCAGUAGGAGUAUCAGUAUCUGCCAUUGUUCUCUUGGGAAUAUUUAUCCUGGUUUGGAGACUGAAAGGAAGAAAGAGAGGCACCGUACAAAGUGCACCUCAUGGUAUGACCAUAUUCUUAUGCUGUUCUUAAUAUUUACUUUACUCAAUAGUGGAAUACCCAAUUAGGAUCCUCUUGAUAUAUUUCUGACAUAAUUAUUUCUUCAGCGCCAGGGAUACCUAGUGAAAAUUCAAGAGACAGCAUAGAUCCUCAAGCCAAAAGGCAACAACAUGAUUUGAAUAUGGAGAACCAUCAGUUCUCAUUUUUAGAUAUCGUAAAGAUAACUGGAAACUUUAAGCGUAUGAUAGGCAGAGGAGGCUUUGGAAUUGUCUACCAUGGGUUAUUGAAUGACGGAAGAGAAGUAGCAGUAAAGAUGAUUUCCAAAUCUUCCCAAGGAGAAAAAGAGUUUCAUGCAGAAGUAAGCCAUAAUCAUGGAGAUGGGAAAUGACUACAAUAUUGAUAUUUUUUCUUACUUUCUUUGGAUAAAUCUUUAAGUCAUACACUACCGUCAUCAUAAUGGGUAUCUUUGAAUUUCAGGUCCAAAUCCUGUUGAGGGUCCACCAUAAAAAUCUUGUGUAUUUGCUGGGGUAUUGUGAUGACAGGAAUAAUCUAGCACUUGUUUACGAGUACAUGCAGAAAGGCUCCCUUGCAGAUUUUUUAUCAGGUUUCUAUAUAAAAAAUUAAUGCUCUAGAUCUUUUUAAUAUUUUUGUAGUUUCCUAAAAAAAUUAUCUUGUAGGAGAAAUCUCUCUCUCUUUCUCUCUCUCUCUCUCUUCCUCUCUUUGUGUGGCUCACUCGAUGUGUAUGUUGAACACACGUUUACAUGGAAACAGGUAACAAAGAAGACAUUGGACUAAAUUGGAGCAUGCGACUCAAAAUAGCACUAGAUGUGGCUCAGGGUACCCAUAUUUCGAAAUAGUUUAUAUAAAUAUACACAUAUUUACUUUUUCGUCUCCCAAUUGAGACACUACUGAUAAAAUCUUCGCUUGCAGGACUUGACUACUUGCACAGCUUCUGCAAGCCAUCCAUAGUUCAUAGAGAUGUAAAGACAGGAAACAUUCUAUUAAAUGCAAAACUUGAAGCCAAAUUAGGAGAUUUUGGGUUAUCUAAGCUAUUUUCUCAUGAAGAUGCCACCCAUAUAUCAACUGCAGUUGCUGGCACUUCAGGAUAUCUCGAUCCAGAGUAUGUCAGGUUUUUCAACUUCAUUACAAGUAAUAAUUACCGCAAAAAAUAAUAUAUCUGAAGAACUCAGCGUAAUUUUGACAUCUUUCAUUACAGGUACUAUCAAACAUAUAGACUGACCGAGAAGAGUGAUAUCUACAGUUUCGGAAUCGUCCUAUUGGAGAUUAUAUCUGGCAAGUCUCCAAUCAGCCGUGACCCACAAAGUGCUCCAAUAGUGUCAUGGGUGCAGUCUAGACUCGAAAGAGGAGAUAUAUCCAGCAUAGCCGACCAAAGAUUGAACAAUGGUUAUGAUCUUAAUUCUAUAUGGAAAGCAGCAGAGGUUGCCAUGGCGUGUGCAUCGCCUACAUCGAGCUGUAGACCGAAAAUGAGUGAAGUAGUUGCGCUACUGAAGGAGUGCUUGGAAUCUAUAGCUUCGCAUGACAUAUCAGGGAGUUUCAGCGUGGAGAGGUCAAAUUCAAAUUAUACUGGGCCUACUGUUUUUUAUUCAAGCACAAUCCCAUCAGCAAGGUAA